AUGAAGGAAGAUCAUGACGCAAUUAUACCCAUUAGACAGAGUGGUAUUGCUGGUGCUUCGUACAAUCUUAUUAACAGCAUUGUCGGAAGUGGAGUGAUAGGAAUGUCCUAUGCUUUUCGACAAGCCGGUUUUGGUGUUGGAAUUAUUAUAUUGUUACUUGUUGCCGUUUUAACUGAUUUUUCCAUCACAUUACUACUUCGAAGUGGUGAUUUGGCAAAAGUGACAACAUAUCAAGAUUUGGUUUUACAUGUGAUGGGAAAACCAGUUCAUAUAACAACAUGUUUAGAUUUCGUUAGUGGGUCUAGUGCUGGUGUUUAUUGUUUUGUUAGUAUUAAUCAAACUCCGAUAAAAGAGCGUCAUUGGAAUUUUGCUGAUACAAAUGUCGCCGAAGGUUUUGGAGUAAUGGCAUUCGCCUUUAUGUGUCAUCAUAAUUCAUUUUUAAUAUAUAAUUCGAUGGAAGAUGCUACUUUACCACGAUGGCGUUUAGUGACAACAAUUACGGUUUUUGUUUCGUUAGCAUUUGCCAUGUCGUAUGGUUUAGCCGGUUAUAUGGUAUUUGGACAAAGUGCGGAAGGUGACCUAUUGGAAAAUUAUUGUCAUUAUGAUUCAUUAAUAAAUAUGAUGCGAUUGAUGUAUGCUUUUAAUAUUAUGCUAACAUUUCCUCUUGAAUGUCUUGUUUGUCGACAGGUUGCUGAAAUUUUAAUUUUUAAAUCUUUAAAAUUCAAUUUUCAUAAUCAUCAUAUAAUUAUAACAAUUGUUAUUGUUAUUUGUUCAGUAUUGAUAUCUUUAUCAACGGAUUGUCUAGGAAUUGUACUAGAAUUAAAUGGAACAUUAAUGGCAUCCUCAUUAGCUUAUAUUUUACCUUCAUUAUGUUAUAUUAAAUUAAAAUCAAGUGAUUCAUGGUUAAGAUUUGAUAUACUGGCAGCAACUAUAAUGUUGACAAUCGGUAUCUCUUUGACAAUAGCCGGUUUUUUAUUACCAUUACGACAGGCAUUAACAGAAGGCUAUAAAUGUAAACAUGGAAUGGAUCCGGAUUAUUGUUUAAAAAUAUUUCCAAAAACACAUAAAAAUAUAUCGUUGUUAGUAAAAACGGUUAUUCAUUAG